UUCUCUUUAUCCAGUCAGGACAACGGGACUGUUCAGCCAGCACGGAUGAAUGUGGAACAGAUUCCCAAAGCUCACGCCGUCACCUAUCGCAGAGACGAUAGUCUGCUUUGACCACCACCCCUCCCCCGGCUCCGACGGUGAAGGGGCGGAGCAGUUCUCGCAGCGCCCCCGGUUUGUUCCCAGACGGUGUCAGUGGGACAGAGUGUUGCACUAUCGGCUCCUCUUGUUGCUCUUCUAGAAAAACGCUGGCCAAUUGCGGAGAAAGCAUCGGCUUCUGAGUUUCAGCUGGGAGAGGAGGCGGCCCCCAGUCAGUGGGGGAGAUUUUCGUUUCCGCAAGGGACGUGAGAGUCCCGCGAACGAUGCGGGACGACUGAAGAACUCGGGCAGUUUUGUAAGGAGUUGGGGAACGAAAAAAGAGGCCGCAACACGCCCCGACUAGUCCCAUCCUUGUGUUUGUGAACAAACCACGUGGCAGUGACUCACUCUCCAGGACCAGAUCUUUACAAGACGCUGCCGGGGGCGCCGGUUCUCCUUUUUUCUCUCUUGCCCUGACCGAUCGCCGCUAGGGCCAGCCCAUCAUGGUGGGAAUUCGUCGCUCCCUGUACAAUCUCACGGCCGUUUGUUGCUUCCUCGCUGGAAGCCUCCUGUCUCUGCCAGGAGAUGGGAAGAAUGGAUCAUCUGCUUCAUCCAGUACAGUUUCUCAGUUCAUGCUUCCUCACACUGAGGCUAGAAGCUUCCAAGCCACAGUUACCAAUAGGGAUGACAUUAUCACAAGCACCCCACAAGUCAGUGUCAGCAGCAUCGGUCAGUCAGAUUAUCUGACCACUACUACACCUGGCUAUUUGAAUACCACAGCAAGGAUACAGACCCAGACUGCAAAUAACGCCUCUAAUAGUAGCACUGAUCCUUCUUUAUUUCUUACUCCAACUACAAACUUACCGGAAACUAAUACAUUUGACCUGGAUGAUGAUAGAAGAUACAUCAGUGCCACAUCCUUGCUUACUUCCAGCACUAAGAUCCCAGCUACAGAAAUUUUGCAAUCAAAUGUGACACAAGGAACAUCAUCUGCUUCGCAGCUGAAAUCUUCUACAUUCAUGACCACGGGGCCAGCAAAAAAUACCACGCCAGUCAUGGACCAUAAGGUUUUCACAGAAGAGAACACUGUUGCCUCCAUAUCAUCUCCAAGGACUACUAUUGGUCAACAAGUGAUCACAAUAACUACAUCCAAUACUUCUCGAUCAGUAACUUUUGAGGUUGCCUCCUCUACUCUCUUACCUCACAAAAUCCUAUCAGCAGAGACAGAGCAACCAGCUAAACAUGAAUACAAGACAACUGUAUUUGAUGUGGGAAACAAUCAAGGUCUGCCCAGUAUACCAGUAGUCAGUCCAAUAGGAAAGGAUCCCCUGGUGAUUGCUGUCAUUGUAAUUUUUGUUGUGAUAGUAGGGAUUCUGACUCUCCUGGGUUUCUUGAGGUAUCGACAACGUGGCAGUAGACUACGGUUUAGACGUCUCCAGGACUUGCCUAUGGAUGACAUGAUGGAAGACACACCUCUUUCCCUCCACAGCUAUUAAACAAUUGAAAGACUUAAAAGAAGCAGAACCUGUUAAAGGCUACAAAACUUGUAACGGAUCCCAGCUGGGGAGCAACUCUACAAUUUUGGAGCUGCUGUACUGACAUGCAAAUAACUAUAGAGUUGAUUGAUAGUUUUUAAAAACGCUUGUCCUUUUUUUAUUUUUGAGAAUCAGCUUAACCAAAACCUUUUCCUCAGUUCAUCUUCAUUUUCUGUGACUGGAUACAUGCAAUGCUAGAGAAAAAAACUGCUGGCUUCAUAUCAAAGAUAGGAUUGUUGGAUUCUGAAAAAAUACACUGUAUGGGGUGCUUUUUCCCCAAAAAGUAAAAAAUAUGAAAUAUA